AUGGAUGAGAAUUGGACGCGAGAUGAAGAGGACGAGGAAGAUCAUCCUAUGGAAUCUACCCCUCUACUCCCAAUAUUCUCGGCUUCUCACCUGGAUGCUCUCCCCGUCUACGAUAUCACCCACGCCAUUCGCCAUUUAAUUGUUGACCGCUGUGAGACAACAUUAACAUGGGACCAAUUACGCUCGCCGCAGGUUUCGCAGUUCCUGAUUAAGCCUAUCCAGCAGCAAAUAAUGUCCGAACACUUCUCGAGAGCAACGCUUUACGCGUUGAUGGCGAACUGUUUGCAGUUCGACAAAGAAAUCAGUACAAACCCUGGCAAUAGUGGUGCCAGCCAAACGCGGGCUAUGGUUAGCGAGCUGCUUGCAAUUAAGCUAUUGCGAGACUACACAACUCGGGAGUUGAUCGAUGCAUUGUCGUACGAGUUUUACCCACUUCAGGGCCAGGAUCCCUCUAUCGCAUGGAAUCCAGGAACCCAAGGAAAGCGACCGAUGGGCACAGGCCGGAUAUCCUGCCUAGAAGUUGCCAUUCGCGCUCAGGCAAAGCGUUUUUUUGCCCAUCCGGUUGUGGUCCAGCAACUGGAGGCCAUUUGGGCUGGAACGAUCGUUUUCCAUUCUGCCGCCGAUCACCUGCAUCGCCAGGUCUUACCGUCCACUGAAAACUUGAAUUACGGAACAUCAACAGAUAGGAAUGGCAUGCAGUCGCAUAUUCCGACCAACCCAGCUCCUCGACGCUCCGUCACGCUGUACAACCCCAGGGAUGCUUCGUUGUUCAAACUCUCGCGCUUACGAGUCCCGCGAUAUCGACAAUUCCUCUCCACUCUCUCGUUCGCAGUUCUUUUGGGGUUGUUUCUGGCUGUCCUGCAGGAACGGAGUAGGCCAAUCACAUCUCUCGAGAUUGUGUUUUGGUUCUGGAGUGCUGGGUUCAUGCUUGAUGAAAUAGUCGGGUUCAAUGAACAAGGAUUCAGCCUCUACUUAAUGAGCUUCUGGAACCUUUUUGAUCUGGGGAUCUUGCUUUUACUCUUUGCUUACUGCUCCCUACGGGUCUACGGUGCCUUCUUGACCUACCCUCGAAACCAGCAAGUUGCGAAUCAGGCGUACGAUGUUUUGGCGGCUAAUGCGGUUCUUCUCUUCCCGCGUUUGUUUUCGGUUCUCGACCACUACCGCUACUUCUCCCAGCUUCUGAUCGCCUUCCGCAUCAUGGCCUCUGAUCUCAUUGCUGUCUUCGUUCUUAUUGUCAUUGCAUGUAGCGGCUUUUUCGUUGCUUUUCUGUCAUUUGGAAGCGAGAACUCUCCAAAUGCGGUCGCAUAUGGCCUGUUCCAGAUGCUGAUGGGAUUCACCCCGACUGCAUGGUCCAUGUGGGAUGAAUAUAACGUCCUGGGGAGAACUAUCCUUACAGUGUUCCUGUUCAUCUGUCACUUCGUGGUUGUGACCAUCCUGAUUACGGUUCUGACAAACUCUUUCAUGCGCAUUGUUCAAAAUGCGAAUCAAGAGCAUCAGUUCUUGUUUGCCGUAAACACGAUCUCUAUGGUCAAGUCCGAUGCCCUCUUCUCCUAUGUAGCGCCGACGAAUGUCAUUUCUUGGCUUGUUACUCCGGCCCGCUAUAUUAUCUCCUUCCGCCAGUUCAUCAAGCUCAACCGAACAAUCAUUAAGAUUACGCAUGCGCCGAUUCUGUUCACUAUCUGCAUUUACGAGAAAACUAUUCUCAGCGCGCGUGUGGUAGAGGCCAUGGAUCUUGUUGAUCCAGCUCCUGCAAAUGAUUUGUCUAGGCCAUGGCGGCCUGGUCGGUUUCAUUCAUUCAACACUCGGGCUCCGCGGCUGGUACGAGAACCGUCUAUUGCCACUUAUCAAAAGGAUCAGGCUCUAGAGGAGGUCUUCCGACGGCCAAACGGCGAGGAUCGACUCGGGGAGCGUCCGAGUAGUAUACGGAAGCGUCAGGUGAAUAAUGUAAUCAAAGACUGGAUGCAGAAAAUUGGAUCGGGCCCUGUUCAUGCGCCAGACGAACAAGACUCGGCCGUGGACGACCGUCUUGAUAUGCCAAUGCGACGAUCCCAAUUCCUCCUUCGGAAGCGCCUUGGUCCCCAAGGGCGCAAUUUCACAGAAACCACUCGCUCCGUUGCGUCUAAUCCAGAGGAUCGGAUGGCCAAUAUUGCCAGUCCGGCCUUUGCACCGCGUCGACCAAUUUCUGCUUCACCGGCCCGAUCUCCCCAACUCUCUCGGCAUACGGAUAUGGAAGGGGACGACGAGCUUGACAGUGACGAUGGCUCGCAUGAGGAUGGAUCUGAAAAAGCAGCCAUGACCGAUGACGAUCAACCCAUAGGCAGCACCGAAAAGAGUACACCGAAGUUUUACAGCUCUCGACCAUCCACUGCGCGGCUGUUCUCGCGGCGCGAGAGCCCCGUCCGCCGGUCCAAGCACUUACGUACAGCAUCUAGUGUUACUAUGCUCUAUAACCCAGCCGAUUCUCUGACCGAGGAAACUGAGGGGCGAACAAUGCUCCCACACUCGCGCCGUGACAAUUCGGAUGAUCAUGAAGAAGAAGAAGAAGAAGAUUAUGAUGAUGGUGAUGAUGGAAGCGGAGCUGAUGAUCGCCGACAAGCUCUCUCGGUCUCUGUGGACCAGGGCACCAUGAAGCGACACUCAGCGACCGCGGCCAAAGCUCGUAUUGCCUCUCUUGCGGAUCCAAUGUCUGUUCCAGAAGUUGAAGGUAUUUACAUCUCUGACCGUAUUUCGUCCCGUCGGCCCCAACGGCCGCUGCUUUUUGACCUUGGCUCGGACCUUGGAGACAACAAGGCUGUUGCAGGGGGCUUCCAAGGGUUGGCUCCUUCGAGCUUCAAUACCCAGAUUGGAUUUGGGCAACCACAUCGUGAUGCCCCUGAUCGGACCCAGGACAUGCUAAGCAAGCUGGGCUUCCGAGAGGUGAUUAAGGAAGUUAAGGACUUACGACGAAGCAACUCCAGCCGCAGUCUGAGCUGGUUAGAUGAUGUCCACGAAGCCCCCAAGGACAAGAAGAAGAAGGACAAGAGAGACCGUAAGCGGGGCAGACCUGAUGGACGUGAGGGUCGUACUGGUCGGGACAAAGGACCGGCCAAGAUGGAAGAUUAA